AUGUCUAAUAUAAAAUACCUUUUGCUUGUUUCGAGACAGGGAAAAGUUAGAUUGAUGCAAUGGUAUACACCACUUACACCAAAACAAAAGACAAAGAUAAUAAAUGACUUGACACCAUUAAUUUUGGCUCGUAAGCCCAAGAUGUGCAAUAUUCUGGAAUAUAAUGAUCAUAAAGUGGUAUAUAGACGAUAUGCAAGUUUAUAUUUCAUCUGUGGAAUAACGAAUGAACAAGAUAACGAACUAUUAACUCUAGAGAUUAUCCACAGAUUCGUUGAGACAAUGGAUACAUAUUUUGGUAACGUUUGUGAACUAGAUAUUAUCUUCCAUUUCGACAAAGCAUAUGAUAUCCUGAAUGAAUUAAUAAUGUGCGAUGGUUCAAUGGCCGAAUCUAGUAAAAAGGAGAUAUUAAAUAAUGUGCAUGCAAUGGAUGCGAUAGAGAGUAAUGACCAUUUAGACAGAAUCUUGAGUUAA